AUGAACGAUUCUUUAGAAAUUUUGGAAACUACUAAAGGAAAAGCUUUAGCAGUACACAAUGGUUACCAAUAUAGGAGGUAUCGAACCAAUAAUGUAAAUGUUACAACCUGGUUAAAAAAAAAUACAAUAUUGCAAAAACGUGAUUCAUCAAAUUCUGCAGCUCAAAUUUUUCGUGAAGAGUUUACACCAUUAAUAGAUCAGGGAUUAGAUUUAGUGACCGAAAUUCCAGUUUACUCGUCUGUAAAAACGACAUUAAAUCGUAUACGUAGGAAAUCGCUUGGAAAUUCGUUGGAUCCUAAAUUAAGGGAAGAUAUUAUCAUACCUAGUGAUUCUGAGUUUGUAUUAUUUGAUGACGGAAAAGAAGAUAGAAUUAUAGGCUUAUGUUCAAGUAAAGGUAGACAAAUUGCUUCUGAAGGAAAAACUUGUUUUGUGGAUGGCACUUUUAAAAGCUCUAGCAAACAAUUUUAUCAAGUUUAUACUGUUCAUAUUGAUAUUGGGUCUACAAAUGACGAAAUAAAUAUAAUUCCUCGUUUAUUUUCGAUGAUAAAAGCACACAUUCCAAAUUUUAAUCCUGAAUCAUUUACAUUGGAUUUUGAAAUUUCAACUAUUCAAUCAAUAAAACAAAUAUUCCCAAAUGCCGAAAUAUAUGGUUGCAACUUCCAUUUUAAUCAAUCGCUUUGGAGAAAAGUUCAAAAUAUAGGUUUAGCGAGUAAUUAUAAAGAUGAUGCAGAUAUUAGAUUACACGUUAGAAUGUGUUCUGCCUUAGCUCAUAUUCCAAUUGAUGACAUUGACGAAGGUUGGAUUAUUAUUAUGACCAAUACACCUGAUAAUGACAAGCUUCAAAUAUUUUAUGAUUAUUUUAUUGAACAGUGGCUGGAAAACCCGAUUAUUUCAAGAAGUGUAUGGAAUUGUUAUCAAAGAAGACAUAGAACAAAUAAUAUUGUUGAGGGAUGGAACAGUAAAUUAAAUAAAAUAUUAAAUAAGCCACAGCCAACUUUUAAUGAUUUGUAUCACUGUCUAAAAAAGAGGCUGAAAAUUCUGAUUUAUUAUAUGAACGCAGUUACUUAA